AAUGUGACUGUUCACAAGUCACACACACCCUUCAACGUCUGCACUUAAACCUCUCUUCUCCCUCCUCCUCCUCCCUUUCAUCACAUCACCCUCUUUCUCUCUCCUCAUUCUUCAAUGAAGUUAAAGUAGAAAGAACAUAAAUUUACCAACACCAUUUUGUGUGGCAUUUUCUUUUCAUACAAGCUAUUACAAACAUAACAUACCCUUCAUUCAGAAGAAGAGGAUUUGAUUUGAUGUUGGUAAGGAGUAUUGAUCUGGUACUUGUGUAGGAUGCCAAACCAGCUGCUAUGGUUUGCACUGCCAAUGAUUUACAGGGAUGGAAAGAUUUCCCAAAAGGACUUAGGGUUCUUCUCCUUGAAGGAGACACCAAUUCUGCUUCUGAAAUAGCAGCAAAGCUUGAAGCCAUGGACUAUAUUGUUUCUACCUUCUGCAAUGAGAAUGAAGCCUUGUCAGCUAUCUCCAGUAGUCCCAAAGGCUUCCAUGUUGCUGUAGUGGAGGUGAGUACAAGCUGCCCCGAUGGGGGUUUCAAAUUUCUCGAGAAUGCAAAGGACUUGCCAACCAUUAUGACUUCGAACAGUCAGUGCCUGAACACGACGAUGAAGUGCAUAGCGCUUGGCGCAGUUGAGUUCCUCACUAAACCACUCUCCGAGGACAAGCUGAAAAAUAUUUGGCAGCAUGUGGUUCACAAGGCAUUCAAUGCCGAGGCAAGUGCUCUGUCGGAAUCACUAAAACCUGUAAAAGAAUCUGUAGAGUCCAUGUUGCAGCUCCGAACAAACAACAAACUACAUGAAAAUAUAAUAUCAAUAGAUUUAGAGAAGGUGUCCAAGUUUAGUGAUAAUGAACAUGAGCAAUCUCCGGCGAGUGAUAAAUAUCCCGCUCCUUCGACCCCACAGUUAAAACAAGGAGCAAGGUUAGUGGAUGAUGGGGAUUGCCAUGAGCAGACUACUAAUUGCUCAAUAGAAAAAGAAAGUGUGGAACAUGAUGGCGAAUGUAAAUCUGUUGAAACUUCAUGUGAAAAUUUAAAUGUGGAAAGUUCUCCUCAAUCAAGGAAACUUGAGGAGACUCUGACUAAGGAGGAAGAGGGUUUUGCUAAUGAUUCCAAGGGUGUUUCACUGAAUCCACAAAAUAAAAAGUUUGGCAAUACGUCUUCAAUUAAAUCAGGUGCUCUUAACGAUUCAUGUGAGAAUAAAGCUACUCGGAAGAAGAUGAAAUUGAUAUCUAUGGAACUAGUAGACUGGACGCCUGAGCUGCACAAAAAGUUUGUGAAGGCGGUGGAACAACUAGGUAUUGAUCAAGCCAUUCCUUCUCGUAUAUUGGAGUUAAUGAAAGUUGACGGCUUGACAAGGCAUAAUGUAGCUAGCCAUCUUCAGAAAUAUAGAAUGCACAAGAGACAGAUGAUGCAUGGGGAGGAAGAUCGAAAAUGGCCAAAUCAAAGAGAUCAAAUACAUAGGAACUAUAGUUUGCAAAGACCAAUUAUGGCGUAUCCACCAUAUCAUCAUUCUAAUCACACCCUUCCUCCAGCUCCUAUAUAUCCUAUGUGGGGACAACCUGGAAGUCAAACAACUGGUGUACAGAUUUGGAGUCCUCCUCCUGGUUAUCCGCUAUGGCAGUCUACCGAAAGUUGGCAUUGGAAGCCUUAUCCACCGGGGGUGCAUGUGGAUGCAUGGGGUUCCCCAAUGUUACCACCUCCACAACCUCCUUAUUCUCCCUACACUCAAAGUAUAACCGGGUUGCACAAUGCUAAAGCAGCGGAUUAUAGAUUUGGCAUGCCGCGAAGUUCCUUUGAGCAUCAUCCAGCAGAGGAGGUGGUGGACAAGGUUGUGAAGGAGGCAAUAAGCAAGCCAUGGCUACCAUUGCCCUUAGGCCUUAAACCUCCUUCAAUGGACAGUGUAAUGUCUGAGCUCUCCAAACAAGGCAUCCCUUGCAGGAAGGGCUCUAAACGCCGCUGACGUGUACCUGUUGAACCAACUGGGUCCCAUAAAAAAGUAGCAGUUUUGAUGGUGAUUGACAACCUGGUUGGUAGACAUGCAUGGGCCAAUGCCAUGUAGACUGGACUGUUGUAAUUAUCUUCCUUGUAUCUCAAAUUUACCCUCUUGGGUUCCGACCAACCAUGUUUGGAAUUACGUUGAAUCACCGUGAUUUUGUCGAAGCUUCACAAUGUAGCUUUUGUCAGAAUCACGGUGACAAACCGUGAUGGUCAUUAGGUUAGAUUCAUUUACCGGAUAAGUUGGGACCAUUUAUUUUUCCUCUGUGGUCCCCACCCACACAGACUGCUUAUGACAUAGGAUGAUGGAUCCUAUCCAUUGCCACUUGCUAUAAAAAAACAAAAAGUGAAUCCAAAAAAAUAAAAUAAAAUUGGCAGCUGAGAACUGGACACACGCAUUUGUUGAAUUGAAGGUAUAUUGUGUGCAAAAAAGUUGCAUGUGGUUGAAAAUAGGUAGAGAUACAAACUUUUGAUGGUGAUUGUUUGUGACAAAUGAAUUAAAGUGUAAUUCUUGUGUUGUUGGAGAUGGGACCUAGUUGUUAGAGCUAUAUAAUAAUGGAAAGGGUAGGUAGGAUAAUGUUGUGAUUGUUUGUGAAUAAAUUAAUGAUGAUUAAUCAAUGAGUCCAGGCUUUGGCGGAUA